AUGAACGACUGGCUGCCACUGAGCAUGUCACAGGCUACGGCGGACGGUCCCCGAGAUAAGGGCGUGCCUCUGCAGUUGUCUAUCGCAGAAGGAGGCACUCACGCAUACGACCUUUUCCCGCUAAGCCAAGUCGAUGGUGCAGGCGUCGAGAAUCUUGAGGUUGCUAAUGCCGAGGUCGGUGAACCUGCGCUUGAUUCAGUUGCGCAUCUCAAGGGAGUCGAUGGCCGGCGAAGUUAA